AUCAACAGUAAUGUUUAAAUUUUUUACUAUUCUCUGCCUCGUGGGCUUAGCUACUGCUGCGAACUUUGGCUAUAAUUACCAGAGUGCGGUCAGUUCACAAACGCCAGUUGCAACUGGCAUUGGCAACAUAAAAACAGUGCAACCUGCCGCUAGUGCGCAACAUUUGCAAACUGCACCUUCAACUGUUGAUUUCGUGAAACAUUUUUACUAUUUUUCCGCACCUGAAGAGAAAUUAAGUCAACGAGAGGUCAUACAACAUGCGGCGUCGACACCGGUGCAGAAGAAAUUAAAUGUUGUUGUCAUAAAAGCACCAGAGAAUCAUAGUUACCAGAAGGCAGUACAACAGUUGGUGCCGAGUGCCACCAACGAACAAAGAACACAAAUUUAUGUGCUUAACAAGGAGCCCAGUCAUGCUGCCUCUGUGAAUCAGCACAGGCAAGUACAGUAUGUGCAGCCAGUGCAGCAUGUGCAACAUAAACCAGAGGUACACUUCAUAAAGUAUCAGACCUCAGACGAUGUACAACGUAUACAACAGAAUAUAUUACAGCAGUACGGCAUUUCACCAGGACAAGUGCAUACCGUCACUGCUCCAGUUGUUAACUUUGUUGGCAGUAGCACUCCUGGCAAGAGUUCAUAUCAAACUGCUGCCACAAAUGUUAAUCGUGCUUAUUUAGCACCGAACACUAAAGUUGAUAACAAUUAUGCUAAGAACUUUUUGCCCAAUGGUGUUGAUGUUGUACCCGGAAGUUCCUAUUUACCACCAGCAUUGGUAUUAUAAGUGUUCCGUGGAAUUUUCUUUCAAUUAUUAAAAUUUAAUGAAUUAUGUUAUGAUUU